AUGCAUAUGUAUAUGUGGGUUUAUCGUGCCUUGCUGCUGCGCAUGCACAUUGUCGAAUCGAAGACCCCUGAAUAUUUACUAGUGCAAUGUAUUCAACCGCCACCGGAACAUCACCGAUUCUUGGCCGACCACCCCCACCACCAUCAUCUUUUACAUACAAAGAGCAACAACAUCACCACCAUCAUCAACAUGCUCUUCACCCACCACCAUCAUUAUACCACGACCACGUAUACCCCUUUAUCCAACACAAGUCUACGCGAAAUACCCAGCCCAGUCUUUCCAGACCACCACCGUCAUGGCCAUGAACAUUCCGAUCCUAGCUACUAUGCCCGAUCAACAACAGGGCGUGGCAACUCUAGUUUCUCAGGUUGGAAUUCAAGUCCACCAUUGCCGUCAGCAGCCAUUCGUCCUUUAGAGUUCUCUGAUGGGAGCAAACAAGUCGGAGCGACACGAUCAGCAGGAGGUCCUUUUGUUGCUACAGCUUCUGUUGCUGCGACUACUGUUGGGAAGCCACCACCACCACCACCGCCAUCAUCAACAUCUCCUUGCUACGGUUCUUCACCUCCUGGACUCCUUGCACGGCCCAAGCUUACAACUACGGCUUGGGAGGAUGAAGGAACCUUGUGUUAUCAAGUAGAUGCUAAAGGCAUUUGUGUGGCUCGCCGAGCUGAUAACCAUAUGGUCAAUGGUACUAAGCUACUCAAUGUGGUUGGCAUGUCAAGAGGCAAACGAGAUGGUAUCUUGAAGAACGAAAGAGGACGUGUUGUCAUCAAGGUGGGUGCCAUGCAUCUUAAAGGAGUAUGGAUCUCGCUUCAUCGAGCCAAAUUCUUAGCAAACAAGUUCCGUAUUGCAGAUUUGGUUUAUCCUCUCUUUGAAGAUAGUCCCAGAAACUUUGUAUAUCAUCCAUCAACAACAUCAUCACCACCCAUCAUUGCCGAUCGACCGGCAUCCAUGUUUGAAGCAGAUACAAGGACAUCCCCUUUUAUCACCAACAAGCGUUCUUCAUUGCCAUCUAUUCUAGAUACAACUGCAUCCCGCCCCUUAUUGCAUGCAGAUUCCAAAUCCUUCAGUGACAGCAACAGAUCACCCACCUCCAUCCUACCGCUUCCACGUGCCUUGCAGCAGCAAACGAAUUUUCCUUGUCUAAACUACAAUUAUCAGGAGCAACGACAACAGCCCAUGUCACACCAUAUGGAGCCUCAAUCAGCUGCACUACGAGCAUUACCACAUCCGGCUACUACUGGUAUUCAACAACCUGCUGCUACUACUGCUAUGAACCAUGAUCAAUCAAAGGCGAGCAUAAUGGUUAGCAAUGACAACCUACCAAAAGAUACUAUCCAACCAUCUACUUGUGGAAAUGAAAGGGAGAGGAGAAGUUAUGGAGAUGCAUGA